CGCUUCGACCCUGAAAUCCACGCUCAAGAUUCGCCAAAGACCGGCCCAAAUCAACCGUAACGAGUUAGUGACGAUCACCAACGUGAACCCGAGACAAAAGACCAUAGAGUGGAGCUAGCUAUCAUGCAGCAGUGCCGGUUAUGUUUGGGCCAAGACAGGGAGCUUGUGGACAUCUUCAUCACACAGCGGCAGGAAGUGGAGAACGCGGCGGCCCCGCUGCACGUGCGGCUUCAGGAGUGUCUGCAUCUCGAUAUACUCCAGAACGACAACCUACCCCGGUGGAUCUGCCGGCACUGCUUGGACCGUGUGGACGAUUUUACCCGCUUCCGGGAACGCUGUUUGGAGAACGAACGCGCUUUACGGGAGGCCAAUACACAGCAGGGUUUGGGCGAUUCGCGGAAACAACGCGGAGACGCCGACUCCAUUUAUAAUCUGGACACGAGCGAUGACGAGGAUGACGAUGAAGAACCGGAGAUAGUGGUGGUCAAUCCGAUGCGUGAUUACGAAAGCUCCAACCAGAGUCUACAGAAUGGAAUGUGCGAUGAUGCAGGAGACGAGGAGCAGCAGGAAGAUAAUGAUGAUCUCUUUCACCCGGUCGGACUCGCAUCAAAGUUUGCUUCGAAUGCUGAGAACUCCGGUGUUACUGAAUCGAUGAAUGCGUCGACUGUAGACGGACACGCGGAAGAGGAACUCGAUGGAUCGGGAGAUGCAGAAGAGGAAGAGGAGGAAGAAGAUGAAACGCUAUCAACAUAUCCGGCUGGCACGGGUAGCAAUGGAUUGGGACGACCAACGGAAGGCCAUACCCUGAACGACCGCAAUCAUGAGCCUGUGCAGAAGACAACCGUGUUCACCUGCAAGUACUGUGACGUGGCGUUCGCUGCUUCGGCGGCCUGUCAACUGCACGAGAUGCAGGAUCACGAUCUGUUGGCACCGUACGCCUGUCACCUGUGCAACUACCGUACCGCCAUCCGGUUAUCGUUGAUUGCGCAUCUUCGCGAAAUCCACAGUAUACCGCGUCCGUAUAUCUGCGUUCAGUGUGGGAAAGGGUUCGUGCGUCGAUCGGAUCUCAAGAAGCACACGUUCGUGCACACCGGUGUCCGGCCUUACGCCUGCCAACAGUGUGGCAAGUCCUUUUCCCGCAACACCAACCUCACGAAGCACAUGCGCAUUCACCUUGGCGUCAAACCACACAGCUGCGGUUCCUGUCCCCGGACGUUCGUGAAUAAAGCAGAUUUGGUACGGCACCGUAAUGUGCACCUUUCGACACGAACAGCCUUCACGUGUGCUUGGUGUGGUAAUGCUUACGCACGAAAGGACAAUCUGCAGCAUCACGAGGUUAGCUGUUCCUCCAGAAGGCAAACCACCGGGGCGCAACCUUUGGUACCACCGCAGGUUAGCGAGAAUCAUCUGUUCGCUUACGGUACGCUAAAUUCGGAUCCACCGAUCGUUCAGAUGGCAGCAGCACCGUUGCAGCAUAGCGCGGAUCCAACGACAACGAUGAUGAUAGAUCAAUCGAAUGGAAUGGAGUCAACAUUGAAUGCAAACGCAACGUUGGCCAGUUUUGCUAACAUCAUUCCCAUGCAGAUGAUGGGUGAAUCGGCCACUGGCGCCAGUGUAUCCGGUGCACGUUCCGGAACCGAUGUGCCACCCUCGAACAAGGUGUACGAUUGCCCAAGUUGCCCCAAACGGUUUCUCAGCAAGGCAACCCUCCGGAAGCACCAGCUUACGCAUCCACAGCUUCCUGAUCCGGGCUACGAGUGUCCGCAGUGCCAGAAGCAUCUGCCUGGGAAGCGUGAACUCGAGCGGCACCUAAUGACGCACCUCGAUCACAAACCUUUCGCGUGCAAAACUUGUGGCAAGCGGUUCCUAUGGAAGGAUAAACUGCAGCGCCACGAGCGCAUCCAUCGCGAGACACGUCACUUCGGUUGUCCCAACUGUGGCGUAACGUUCCAGCGAAGGACAGCACUGGCGACGCACCUGAAGAUCGAUUGCACUGCAUCACUGAUCGGUCGCGAGCAACGGCUCACGAACGAUACAACCUACCUGUUGCCACCACAUUCCAUGCUGCCGUGAGGAGUGCCGGAGCGCAUCGCGAAAUUAUUUAUGCCAGCAUUCGGAUUCCGACGAAGCUCUAGGGCCAGCAGAUUGUUGUUCGGUUAGCCCAUAAGGAUAACCCUAGCUUAGUGUACCUUUAUCUUCACACAACUUCAUUACACAUUCUCAACUAGACACACGACCAUCUCUCCCCCCCUUCCCACCUUCCCAUCGUCAGCGAUACUAGCUAUAAGUCUAUUAACAUUAAUCCAUCGUAAACUCUAGUGUAAGCUACCAGGCUGCGAUUGUGACCGGAUAACUUAAUAAGUAUGUUCGUAAUUAAAUGAUAAAAUAGAUUAUUAUCCUACCUGUACACCGUCAGUGUUUCAUAAAUAAAAUUGUGGAGUCCUUGCUCAAUACCGGAGGUCCUCACGGUUGUAAA